AUGGCUCUUGCCCGAACGCGGAUCGACGGACUCAACUCCUGCGAACGGUGGGCAACAACUCGGAUCAGCAUGGCUCUUGCUCGAACAAGGAUCGACGGACUCACCAACUGCGAACGGCGGGCAACAACUUGGGUCAGCAUGGCUCUUGCCCAAAUGAGGAUCGACAGACUCAACUCCUGCGAACGGUGGGCAACGACUCAGAUCAGCAUGGCUCUUGCCCAAACGAGGAUCGACGGAUUCACAGUCUGCAAAUGGUGGGCAACAGCUUGGAUCAGCAUGGCUCUUGCUCGAAUGAGAAUCGGCACACUCACAUACUGCGAACGCGUGGGUGUGGGUGAGGGUCCGGGUACCCAAAAUGCGGACCCCCACCCGUACCCGAGGGGUACCCGCACCCACCACCCGCACGGGUUUUCAAAACCCGUGCAUAUGCCUACAUGCACUGAGAUCCACGAGGAUGGUGCAGUGCUUUUCCGGCUGUUUACAGACUUCAUCAUGGACCCAUCAACCCCUCGUGAUUGCAUCAUUGUCUGCGACGACAAGCAGUGGUUGAGGAUCAAUUUCCUGCAGCAGCCAUAG